AUGGUCGCUUUAAUUCAAAAACCCGCUCCAUCCUUCAAGAAAACCGCUGUUGUUGACGGUGUGUUCGAGGAAAUCUCCUUGGAACAAUACAAGGGUAAAUGGGUGCUUUUGGCAUUCAUUCCUUUGGCUUUCACCUUUGUGUGUCCAACUGAAAUUAUUGCCUACUCUGAGGCUAUUAAAAAGUUCCAAGAUAAGGACACCGAAGUUUUGUUUGCUUCCACCGAUUCCGAGUACUCAUUGUUGGCUUGGACUAACGUGGCUAGAAAGGAUGGUGGUUUAGGACCAAUUAACAUUCCUUUGCUUGCUGACACCAACCACACUUUGUCGAGAGACUAUGGUGUGUUGUUGGAAGAAGAGGGUGUUGCUCUCAGAGGUAUCUUUUUGAUUGACCCCAAGGGUACCUUGAGACAAAUCACCAUCAAUGAUUUGCCAGUUGGUAGAUCUGUUGAGGAAUCGUUGAGAUUGGUUGAGGCAUUCCAAUUCACCGAAAAGUACGGUGAGGUUUGUCCUGCCAACUGGCAACCAGGCUCGGAGACCAUCAAGCCUGGUGUUGACAGUGCCAAGGAGUACUUUGGUAAGGUGAACAAGUAA